AUGUUUCUUGUCAUUCCAGGUCUGAUGAGCUGUACCCUGUUUAUAACAGUUAAUGGUCUGUAUUCGUCUAGUGAUGAUGUAAUUGAAUUAACCCCCUCAAACUUCAACCGAGAAGUUAUUCAAAGUGACAGUUUGUGGCUUGUAGAAUUCUAUGCUCCAUGGUGUGGCCACUGCCAGAGGUUAACACCAGAAUGGAAGAAAGCAGCAACUGCCUUGAAAGAUGUUGUCAAAGUUGGUGCAGUUGACGCAGACAAACAUCAGUCCCUAGGGGGUCAGUAUGGUGUUCAGGGAUUUCCUACCAUUAAGAUUUUUGGAUCCAACAAAAACAAACCAGAAGAUUAUCAGGGUGGCAGAACUGGCGAGGCCAUCGUGGACGCUGCCCUCAGUGCUCUGCGCCAGCUUGUGAAAGACCGCCUUGGCGGCCGGGGCAGUGGCUCCAGUUCUGGAAAACAAGGCAGAAGUGACAGUUCAAGUAAGAAGGACGUGAUUGAGCUGACGGACGACAGCUUUGACAAGAAUGUCCUUGACAGUGAAGAUGUUUGGAUGGUUGAGUUUUAUGCUCCCUGGUGUGGACACUGCAAAAACCUAGAGCCAGAAUGGGCCGCGGCCGCUACAGAGGUAAAAGAACAAACGAAAGGCAAAGUGAAACUCGCAGCUGUGGAUGCCACCGUGAACCAGGUUCUCUCCAGCCGAUACGGGAUUAGGGGAUUCCCUACAAUCAAGAUAUUUCAGAAAGGCGAGUCUCCUGUGGAUUACGAUGGGGGACGCACGAGAUCCGACAUUGUUUCCCGGGCCCUCGAUCUGUUUUCUGAUAACGCCCCACCUCCUGAGCUGCUUGAGAUUAUCAACGAGGACAUUGCCAAGAAGACGUGUGAGGAGCAUCAGCUCUGUGUCGUGGCUGUGCUGCCCCACAUUCUUGACACGGGAGCUGCAGGCAGAAAUUCUUACUUGGAAGUUCUUCUGAAGUUGGCGGACAAAUACAAGAAGAAAAUGUGGGGGUGGCUGUGGACAGAAGCUGGAGCCCAAUCUGAGCUAGAGAAUGCGCUGGGGAUCGGCGGGUUUGGAUACCCUGCUAUGGCAGCUAUUAACGCACGCAAGAUGAAAUUUGCUCUCCUAAAGGGAUCGUUCAGUGAGCAAGGCAUUAAUGAGUUUCUCAGGGAGCUAUCUUUUGGGCGUGGAUCUACGGCCCCUGUAGGCGGUGGGGCUUUCCCUGCCAUCAGCACCAGGGAGCCUUGGGAUGGCAAGGAUGGUGAGCUUCCCGUGGAAGACGACAUUGACCUGAGUGAUGUAGAGCUGGAUGACCUGGAGAAGGAUGAGUUGUGA